AUGGCUGACAAUAAAGAUGAACUUGUGCAGAGGGCAAAGCUCGCCGAACAGGCAGAGCGGUACGACGACAUGGCUCAGUCUAUGAAGAAGGUCACCGAGUUGGGCGCGGAGCUUUCAAAUGAAGAGCGUAACCUUCUUUCUGUCGCCUAUAAGAACGUCGUUGGGGCGCGCCGUUCGAGUUGGAGAGUUAUUUCGUCCAUAGAGCAGAAGACAGAAGGUUCUGAAAAAAAACAACAGAUGGCCAAGGAAUACCGUGAGAAGGUUGAGAAGGAGCUUCGCGACAUUUGCCAGGAUGUACUGAACCUUCUGGACAAAUUCCUUAUUCCUAAAGCAGGCAACCCGGAGUCGAAGGUGUUCUAUUUGAAGAUGAAGGGUGACUAUUACAGAUACCUUGCUGAAGUGGCCUCUGGGGAAGAUAGAAGCUCGGUUGUGGACAAGUCGCAGCAGUCAUACCAGGAGGCGUUCGACAUCGCCAAGGACAAGAUGCAGCCCACUCACCCCAUCCGCCUUGGCCUCGCUCUCAACUUCUCCGUGUUCUACUACGAGAUCUUGAAUGCGCCGGAUAAGGCAUGUCAGUUGGCAAAACAGGCUUUCGACGAUGCCAUAGCAGAGCUUGACACUCUGAACGAAGACUCCUACAAAGACUCCACGCUCAUUAUGCAGUUAUUGAGGGACAAUCUUACCUUGUGGACUUCGGAUGCUGCCGCUGACGAUCAGGAUGCAGGAGAGCAAGGAGAGGGUGCCAAUUAA